CUCUCUCUCCUCCCUCUCUCUCUCUAUCCCCGGUUAUCCUUUCUGGGUCUGGUCCAUUUUAUCUUCGAUAUAGUUUCCCUAUAUUCUCGUUUUCUUGGGGCAUACUGGUAGUGAAUCAUAAGUCUUCUCGGUUCUUUUGUUUUUUAUUCGCUCAUUCAUUCUGUGAUUCAUCAGAUCUCAACAACUAUUUUCUUUUGGUUUACUUUCACAUGGUUUUUGAAAUUCUUCCUCGAUUCGAUCAUUUGGAUUCAAUAAUGGAUGAGAAUGUUUCAAAAAGUGGUUUUUCAAUUGAGUUCUGAAUACUGGGUUAUCGUUUCUUUGUAGAUUUUUUACGGUUGGAAAGAGAUUAACCCGAAUUUGUCUCCAGUUAACUGGUGUUGUGAAUAAUAUUUCUGGAUUCCUUGAAAAAGUGAGCAAAUUUGAGUUUUUGGGUCCUCUCAGAAUGGUCACAGUUAAUAUUGGAGCGCUCCAUUAUGUUUUGGACCAUAUAUAUGGUGCAUUAAUGCACAGAACAAAGUUAAGUCCACCAUUCUUCUCCAGAGGAUGGGGCGGCACAAAGCUUGACUUGCUGGAGAGAAUGAUCAAACAGUUGUUCCCGGAGGUGGAAGGCGAGAAUUGGCCUCCCAUUUUGGUGAAACCCAUUUGGAAAACGGUUUGGGAGACCAAGACUGCUCGUUUGCGAGAAGGAGUAUUUAGGACCCCUUGUGAUGAGCAGUUACUAAGUGCAUUGCCUCCCGAGUGCCACAAUGCUAGGGUUGCUUUCCUUGAGCCGAAAUUCGUUCCGCCACAGAAAAUGGCUUGCGUGGUUCAUCUCGCAGGUACUGGAGACCAUACCUUUGAGCGGAGAUUGCGCCUUGGUGGACCUUUGCUGAAGAAAAACAUUGCAACCAUGGUGCUUGAGAGCCCUUUCUAUGGACAAAGACGUCCCAUGCUGCAGUGUGGUGCAAAACUUUUGUGCGUUAGUGACCUGCUUUUAUUAGGAAGAGCAACCAUUGAAGAGGCCCGUAGUCUCUUAUAUUGGUUAGACUCUGAGGCAGGGUUCGGCAAGAUGGGUAUUUGUGGACUCAGUAUGGGAGGAGUGCAUGCUGCCAUGGUUGGAUCACUUCACCCUACACCUGUUGCAACCCUUCCUUUUCUCUCACCACACUCUGCUGUUGUGGCAUUCUGUGAAGGAAUAUUAAAGCAUGGCACUGCAUGGGAAGCUCUGAGAGAGGAUCUUGCUUCGCACAAGGCUGCAAUGACUCUCGAGGAGGUGAGAGAACGGAUGCGAAAUGUACUGUCUCUCACAGAUGUCACACGCUUUCCAAUUCCCAAAAAUCCUGAUGCUGUAAUAUUUGUUGCUGCCACAGAUGAUGGGUAUAUCCCAAAACACUCAGUGCUAGAGCUUCAAAAGGCUUGGACAGGUUCAGAAGUGAGAUGGGUCACUGGUGGGCAUGUCUCGUCCUUCCUUCUUCAUAAUGGCGAGUUCCGCAAGGCGAUUGUUGAUGGGCUUAACAGAUUAGAAUGGAAGGAGUCCCCAUCAUGACAGUGGCAUUGCAUGGAAGAAGAGACUGCAUUUAUUCUCUUGGUAAUAAUCUUCUUCUCCUCACUGAAUCUAUAAAAUGAAUCAUAGCUGAUUCCUGUGAACAACCCCCCCAAUGAUAGAGUGGGGCUGUUUUGUGAAUUACCAUUUAUUUCAUUAUGUACUAUCAUCUGACAAACUUCGCUAGUUUUAGGAAAAAUGUGAGUGACUAUUGAAAUUAAGGAAAAAAAAAAAAUGUGACAAGUGAAAUUUCAUUUCGAUUUUGGUUUGGUAAA